UUCUGAGUGAUGCUGAUGGGGACAGUUCUUGGGGUAUCAGGGGGAAGUCCCAUGUUGCCCAAAUGGUGCCAACUGCUCCCCAUUGUGUUCCUAAGCAUGAGCUGGGGUCUGGGGACAGCCAAGAGGACCUCAGAUGUGGAUGUGGCAGCUGGGAGUCCACAUUUGGAGUGUCAUACUGGGGACCCAACAUCUGGGCCCCUGCACAUGUCUAAGACCUCCCCCUGUCCCUUUAUCCAUCAUCUAUGGUAUCACCUCGUGCUCCCCAGCUGCCCCCUGCCAUGGCCCCUUCAUCCUCAACCCUGUUCUCCUCUUGGUGUCCCCAGAGUGUCCCCAGAGUGUUCCCAUGAUGUCCACAAGGUGUCCCCACCGUGUCUGCACUGUGUCUCCACGAAGUCCACACAGUGUUCCCAUAAUGUCUUUAUUGUGUCUCCAGGAUACUCCCAGGAUGUCCUCUCAAUGUCCCCAAGAUGUCCCCAGUGUGUUUUCAUGGUGCCUCCAUUACAUCUCCAUGUUACCCCAUGCCUUCCCCAAGAUGUCCUCAUUACAUCCCCAUGGUGUCCACAUUAUGGCUCCAUGCUAUCACCAGGCUGUCCCCAUGCUGUCCUCUAGACAUCCCAGAAAUGUCCCUAGGAUGUCCCUAAGCUGUCCACGUGUUGUCCCCAUUAUGUCUCCAUGCUAUCACUGAGCUGUCCACACGCUGUCCUCAAUACAUGCGAUAGUGUCCCCAUGAUGUCCCCCAAGCUGUUCCCAUACCAUGCAUUGGGCCUGGUGCCAGAUGUGCCGUGCUGCAGGGUGGCUCCUGAAGAGCUGUGGACAGAUUUAUGGCCUUCAGUGAAACUUCCCAGGUGUGGGAAGUUAAUGUGACUGGCGUGGACCCAGUAGGCUUGAUGCAAGACUUGGCCAUCCUCUCCUGUGCCGCAAACAUCCUCAUGCACUGGAAAUCCCCGGUGCCAUCGUGGAGAUAGGGGGGUUUGUUGACCCUCUUAGAGGCUGGGCUGCCCCCAGGUGCAGGGUGCGGGGAUUCCUGGGAACGCCCCGAGAUGUUGGGAUGGCCAUAAAGGGGCUCCAGCAGCACCGGCACAGCGCUCACCAUCGCAGAGGAGGAGGUUGUGAGUGGUCAUGAGCACGAUGUGGUCCUCCGAGGUGCUGCUGCUGCUGCUGCUCCUGCUGGGGUCAUCCAGAGCUGUCACACCAGGGCAGGACGUAUCCGCUGCACCGGGGCUGGAUGGAUCAAUCCCACCUGGGUUGGAUGGAUCGAUCCCACCUGGGUUGGAUGGAUCUGUCUCGCCAGGGUUGGAUGGAUCCACACCAACCGGGCUGGAUGAUUCCACUACACCCAAGCUGGAUGGACCCAUCACCCCAAAACAGUAUGGAUCCAUCUCACCAUCCUGGCCCUGGCGCUGGCCCACCAACUACCUGGAUGCCAUCCUGGCAGCUGUGAGGUUGCUCAACCAGAGGAUCUCAGGUCCAUGCACCUUACGGCUGCGGGCAGCACAACCCCAACCCGGCUGGGCUGGGAUCCCGAAGCAUCAGCGGGAGGUGAGCUUCCUUGUGGAGGAUGCCCCAUGCCCAGCUGGGGUUGACUGCAGGAGCUGCGAGCUGGGGGCCCUGCAGCGCUGCGUGGGCACCGUAUCCAUGGAGCAGCAGCCCACUGCUGAGCUGCGCUGCGGACCACUGAGGGUGCAGCCCAUCCGCAACUGGUGGACCCGCAUCCGGGAGUGGUGGGAUGGCAUCAGGAAGCGCCUGCGGCAGCGCAGUCCCUUCUACGUCCGCGGACGUCUGAACAUCACCAGCACGCCCCGGCCAUGAGCAGCCCCAGCGUGGCUGUCACCAAGUGUCCCCAAUAAAGGUCCUUUCUGCCUGCUGUGACCGUGUGUGUGUGUGUCCCUCUGGUUGUGCCAUGAGGUUGUCCCCAUAGCCGUGACCAAAGGGAGAGAGGCAUGGAGCAAAGCAGGGGAUGUGUCCUGUGCCUUAUGGGGAUAGCCACG